AUGGUUCAAACUGUUGGAAAUCUCUCGGAGUUGAAUAAUUUGGUAGAUCGUGCUGAUGCGAAUCGUCUUUUUGUUAUUGAUUUUUAUGCGGAUUGGUGUGGUCCUUGCCGAUUUAUCGCGCCGUUUUUCGAACAAUUAGCCGGGCAAUUUGCGAAUGCAACUUUUUUGAAAGUUAAUGUGGAUGUUUCCAGGGGUAACUUCAUCAGUUUUGGUUGAUAAAAAAAAGAAAAUUUUUAGAUAUUAUGGGACGAUAUGGUGUUAGAGCUAUGCCAACUUUUGUUCUUCUUAAAAACAGACAAGAAGUUGAUCGGAUUCAGGGAGCUGAUCAGAAUCGACUUCAACAAGCUGUGCAACAGUGAGUUUAGCUUCUUACAAGAAAAAUUCACUCUAGAUUUUUAAUGAAAAUAGUUUUCGACGCGCUGAUUACGAUCUCGCAGUUCAAAAUUGCAGAACUCAACUCUUAAAAAGAGUUAUGACGUGGCAAGUUUGGAAAUUUCGCUUCAAAAAUUUUGCAGAUCUUGAGCUACAUAGUUUUCAGCACCUAAAGUCCCGAUUUUUCGAAAUUUCCAAAUUUGCCACGUCAUAACUCAUAUUUAGGAGUCAUAACUCAUAUUUAGGAGCCACGUCAUAACUCAUAUUUAGGAGUUGUGCAAUUUUAGACGACGGAAUAUUGAUCAGCGGAUCGAAAACUACAUUUUAUUAAAAAUCUAGAGCUGAAACAGUUUCCUUAUCAGAAAAUGAUUUUUUUUUUUAAAUUCCAGACAUUAUUCUGAUACUCCGGCCAAUCCAAAUGCUGCAAAUUCAGAUGAAAAACGAUUUCUCGAUCAAUUCGCUAAUCAAAGUCAAAGAAUCAAAUAUUACAAUGAUAUUGUUUAUAAAACCCUGGCUUUGAGUUGUAUACCUGAAGAAGAAAUGAGAAAAUCAGCAAAAAAUGACUUGGAAUUAUUAGAAUCGCUUGUGAAAUGGUUCAAGGAGGAUUUCUUCUCAUGGACGGAUUCACCAAUUUGUGAAAAAUGCAAAAUUCAAACACCAAAAGGGAAAGGCCUCAAUGGAACACCGAAUAAAGAGGAAAAAGAGAUGGGUGCGCAAAGAGUUGAAAUAUAUAUUUGUGAAAAAUGUGACAGUGAAGUUAGAUUUCCGAGAUUCAAUGAUCCCGCGAAACUUCUUGAAACUCGAAAUGGAAGAUGUGGAGAAUGGGCGAAUUGUUUUACUUUAUGCGCAGCGGCGAUGGGUUUCGAAGUGAGAUUUAUUUACGAUGUCACUGAUCAUGUUUGGACAGAAGUGUUUCUAAAAUCUCAAGAUCGAUGGAUUCAUGUUGAUCCUUGUGAAGGUAUUAUUGAUAAACCUUUGAUUUAUGAAAAAGGAUGGAAAAAGAGAUUAUCUUGGGUUAUUGGAUUUGGAAUUGAUCAUGUUGUUGAUGUUACUUGGAGAUAUGUUAUUGAUAGUCGAGAUGUUGCUAAAAAUCGGCGGUUUGAAGUUAGACCCGCGGUUUUUUCGAAUUUUAUGAAUGUUAGUUCAAUUUUUUUAUUUAAAAUUUAAGGCGGAGUACGAGAUAAAAAUAUGUUAGGCUCACUUGAGAUAUAAAUUUGCAAUUAGUACAUUCCUCGAAUUUUUAAUGUAAACCUUUCAAAAAUUUGUAAAGCAAGUUCAAAGUUUUUAAAACAGUGAAACAUCGUGUGAAAUGGAUUUAGAAAAUGGAAAAAUCCACCUUUAAAAAUAGGAAAUUUUUUAUAGAAAUUGAACGAGCGCCAAAUGUCAUCUUGCGAUGAAAAUCGCAAAAAAGAGCUGACCGAACGACGAUUGAAAGAACUCAUUGUUUUGAUGGUUGAAGAAAAUUUGAAGAAAAAAGGUUCUGAAAAUUAUGGGGGAAGAAUAACUGGAAGUGAAGAAUGGAGAAAAGAAAGAGGAGAAAUUGGAGAGGGAAAUGUGGAAGAGGAAAAACAUGUUAUUCAAAUUCCGGGCGAAAAUGAAAAUGGUGUAUUUGAGUGAGUUUUUGUUUUCAAAAAUCAUCCCCUGGCUCACACCUCGGCCAACAUUGUGGUUCCCAAAAGUCAAAAUUGUACUCUGAAGUUUUGAGUGUCCUCUUAAAACCGCGGCCCUUGGCCUAGAAAAAUUAUUCUGAUUAUGAUUUAGGCGCGAGGAAAAUUGUAAAAAAAAUUUUGAAAGUUUUGAAUUUCCGCCCAAAUGAAAAUUUUCAUUUGGGCGGGAAAAAAUUUUGAACAAUUUUGUUUUGAAAAUUUUGAAUAAUUUCCAGAUUUUCCUAUUCGUGCGCCCAAGAUUCAUACAAAUUUUCCGAUGGCAAACAAAUCCACGGAUUCCAAAAAUCGAUUUAUGAAUCGGAAAAUGUUGAGAGAAAAGUGGAAAAAGAUUGGAAAAUGGCGUAUUUGUGCAGGAAAAAUGAUCAACCGGGGACCGUGAGUCAUAAAAAAAAUUCAAAUCCAAGAAAAUUUUUUCAGAUAACUUGGAAGUUUGAUUUAUCAUCUAUCAAUAAACCCAUCAAACGCAUCGAAGUUCAAGUGAAUGGCUUGGAGACUUUUGACAAAUCGGCCAAAUGUUUUAUGGUUGCAUGUUUAGGAGAUGUAGGUUCCAAGAAAUUUUUUUUUUAACCAACAACUUUUUUUGAAAAUCUUCAGUCCUGCAUUCGAAUUUCCCCCAAAACCGGUCGCCUCGAAAUCGAUUCGCCUGAAGAAUCUGAAAACAUAAAAAUAACUGCGACAUUGAUCGGUGGAUCGGGUGAUAAUGCAUUUCAACAAUCGCAAUUGUUUCGAACUUCUCUCGAUGAUUGCAACAACGCUCAAUUCGAUGUAAAAAUAUAUAUGUGA